AUGGAAUCAGCCAUGUCGACGUCGUGCCCGGAAAUGCUCAAGACUGCUUUGAGCUCCGAGGACAUUCGAACGGCGCUCACAUAUGGCAUUUCAUCGAGAUGUGCAGAACUGAUGAAUAGAGCCAUAAGCGUGGAAGAUAUUCGUACAGCUCUUGAACAUUUCGACAUUUCGACAAACCCUCACGAACUACUGAAAACAGCUUUAAGCUCGGAAGAUAUAAGAACAGCCAUGGAAUACGGUACAAAAGCCUGUAACUCUUCCUUACCUGUAUCAGACUUCUAUGACGUUCUGCUGAAGACUGCACAUAACCUGGAGUCGCUCUCUAGCGAACUCAUGAGCUCAUGCGAGGAUACACAAAUCCCUUCGGAAGCAGCAUAA